AUGGCUUCAGGUGGAGGAUCUGAUGGAGUCGUUCCAUUGGACAUUGACAACGUGCACAUGUUUCUCCAAGUGGAGCAUGAACAGAUUCAGAGAAGAACUUUCACCAACUGGAUAAAUGCUCAACUCGCUAAGAGACGUCCUCCCUCUUUUGUGUCCGACCUGUUCUCUGACCUCAGAGAUGGAUCACGGCUCCUGGACCUGUUGGAGGUGAUGAGCGGUCAGUCACUGAAAAGACAGAGGGGCCACGGGGUUUUCCAGCAGAGGGCCAACAUUGAGACAGCUCUCGAUUUCCUCAAGAAAAAAUCUAUCAAAUUAGUGAACAUACACGUCGCGGACAUCACAGAUGGACGCCCCUCCAUCAUCCUGGGACUCGUGUGGACCAUCAUUCUCCACUGUCAUAUUGAGGAGCUGGCCAGCGCCCUCUCCUUCAGCUCCCGUCAUUCCUCCAUGGACUCUCUGAGCAGCCUGGACUCCUGGUCCGGCAGCCCGGUCCCAGCGAGUCCGGUCCCAGCCGGCCGGACCUCGCCCCUCCACAGACGCUUCAGAGUCUCCGCCAAGAAGGCCCUGCUCAUGUGGGUGAGGGACCAAUGCCAAAGGGUCGGCAGCUCUGUCCGUGUGAAGGACUUUAAGUCGAGCUGGAGGAGUGGAGAAGCCUUCCUGGUCAUCCUGUGUUCCCUCAGACCUCAGCUGGUGGAUCUCUCCCUGGUCCCGUCCAGAAGCAACCAGGAGAACCUGGAGGAGGCGUUUCACAUGGCUGAGAGGGAGCUGCACAUCCCCCGGCUGCUGGAGCCCCAGGAUGUGAACGUCAAAGACCCAGAUGAGAAAUCCAUCAUGACGUACGUGGCCCAGUUUCUUCAGUACUCCAACGACAUGCCAGCGCGGGACGACCACCUGGAGCUGUUUCCUCUGGACCAGCCCUCCUGCUUCUCACCUCUGAACUUUCCUGCUCACUUCACCCCAGCGGCUGCGGUCUCACCGUUACGCCAGGUUUCUCCAUGUGAGCGAGCACAAGAGGUGACUCUCUGGCUGCAGCAAACCUUCCAGGAGCUGUCGGGAUCGUGGACGUCUUCAGAGAACUCCGGCUACGCAGAGAAACAUCAAGUGCUCCAGACUCUCACUGGCUCCGUCGCUGAUCAGAGGAGACCUGUCCUGACCCUCCUCUCCUCCAUGAGACGCUGCCCGGAGCUGAGUGAGGAGCUGCGAGCUCUCAGGGCAGCGUGGGAUCGUCUGGAGGAGGAGCUGCAGAGAUGUAAAGCCGAGCUGGACCUGAGUCUUCCUCCUCCUCUGGACUCGGUGGUUGUGUGGCUGCAGCGUGCCGAGGCCGCGCUGACAGAGGAGGGCGGGGGGGUGAAAGAUCACGCACACGCUGCUAAGGAAGCCAGAGCCCAACAAGAUGUCCUGAAGGCGUUAAUUAAAGAGCUGAGUCACUACGUCAACAUACUUGACGAAUACCACAACGUGCACGCCUCAGGGAACUUGGCGGUGCCACUGGAAAAGUUUGAUGAGAUCAAAAGACGUGUAACUCAUGUGAGAGUCACAACCAAACACCACGGGAUCAAGUUGGAGUACCAGGAGUGUCGUCACACGGCUCUGGAUCUCCUGAACCGCCUCCGAGCCAAGAUCCAGACGUGGAGAACUUCUUACAGAUCAGAGGAGGCCGUGCGUGGGCUUCUGCAGGACUGGCAUGAAACGGUGGAGCGCCGAGGCAUGAUCUUGAUUCUGACGGACGCUCGACAAAACCUGAAGGAGAAGGCAAACGCCUACACCAGCAGAGCAGCUCUAGGUGAAGAUUCCCAGCUCGUUCAUCGUCAGGUGAAAGAAGCGGAAAGCGAAGCUGAGUCGGUGGAACGAGCUGUGACGGCCGUGAGGAGCACGAUGGAGAGAGUGGCGUCUGAGUGGGAGACGUACAACGAGAACCUGGCGUCUCUGCAGACGUGGCUCGCACUCACGACCCAGACGCCGGCUGCAGGGACACAGGACGUGAGCGAGUGGACGGCUUGUCACGCUCAGCUGAAUGAGGCCGGGAACUUUCUCACUGAAGUGACAGAAACCUCGACCAGCCGCACGCUGGCCGGACAACUCAGCACGCUCAACAAGCAGUGGGCCGGGGUCAUGAAGAGGACCAAGUUUCCACCAGUCAUGGUUCUCAGUGAAGUUCAUUCCAAAGCUCAGUCGAUGGCAAGAAGCCGACUGGAGAAGACCCGAGUUCAUCUGCAGGGACGAAUCCAGAAGGCCAUCGAGCUGUUCGGUGGCAAAGAGAUUUCAGAGUCACAGGCCAAGAGGAAACAGCGAGCUUUAAAAACGCUGCAGCCCGUCGCCCUGGAGGAGUUCCUGAACGCGGUGGAAGGGCUGGGGGCCUUCUGCUCGGGACCCCAGCUCCAGGAUCUGAUGCUCCUCUCCGACUCCGUCAGAAAGCAGUGGGAGGAUGUGAGGAGAGAAAUAGCUGCCUUUGUUCCAGUCUUGUGGUCUCAGAUCAGAGAAGGAAAACAGUCGCUGUCUGUUGUGCAAACUGAUACUAACUCUCUGCAUGAAGCUACUGACCUGACUGACCUUGACCAGGUCGUCGUGGACGGAGCUGCGUCUGUGGACGAGCAGGUGGAGUCACUCAGAGACUUGUGUGAGACGCUGACACCGGGUCAGUCAUCCUGCCGGGUCACAUACCAGCGGGAGACUUCAGAGGAAGCAGAGGAAACACGACCCAGUGACACAGUUCUCUCAGCUCACAGCCGAGCUGCGAGCGGCCACCGAGACGAAGCCUGGACGUCCCACAAGGACACCUCUCACCUGGGGACGUCCCACAAGGACACCUCUCACCUGGGGACGUCCCACAAGGACACCUCUCACUUGUGGACGUCCCACAAGGACACAUCUCACCUGUGGACGUCCCACAAGGACACCUCUCACCUGGGGACGGCCCACAAGGAGACCUCUCACUUGUGGACGUCCCACAAGGACACAUCUCACCUGUGGACGUCCCACAAGGACACCUCUCACCUGGGGACGUCCCACAAGGACACCUCUCACCUGGGGACGUCCCACAAGGACACCUCUCACCUGGGGACGUCCCACAAGGACACCUCUCACCUGGGGACGGCCCACAAGGACACCUCUCACCUGGGGACGUCCCACAAGGACACCUCUCACCUGUGGACUACCCACAAGGACACCUCUCACCUGGGGACGGCCCACAAGGACACCUCUCACCUGUGGACGUCUCACAAGGACACCUCUCACCUGGGGACGGCCCACAAGGACACCUCUCACCUGGGGACGGCCCACAAGGACACCUCUCACCUGGGGACGGCCCACAAGGAGACCUCUCACCUGGGGACGUCCCACAAGGACACCUCUCACCUGGGGACGUCCCACAAGGACACCUCUCACCUGGGGACGGCCCACAAGGACACCUCUCACCUGGGGACGGCCCACAAGGACACCUCUCACCUGGGGACAGCCCACAAGGACACCUCUCACCUGGGGACGACUCAGCUCCACAUCCCCGCGCUCGUCAGGAUCGACACCGUGGAGACCAAGCAGGCGGCGGAGUGGACCGUCAUCCCAGAGACCGGGACUGGACCGGGACAGGAUGUGGUCACGUCGUGGUCUCAGCCCCCUGUGGAGAAGAAGAAGCUGAUGAGAGACAUGCACGGGGAAAACAAAGAUGAGAAACCACUGAUGGGAAAGGAGCAGAAGGAAGAGUUCACUCCUAUGGAGACAUGUGCGCCAAAGACUUGGGAUGAUUCUCCACAGUGGGGGGGAACACAAGAGGAGGAGAACCUCGCUCCAUGUGAAGAGGAGAAGAAGAAGAAGAGCCUGGUCCAGAGGAGAACCGCCUUGUCAGGAGAACUGAGGGAAAUCCAAGGAGCAGCUGAGCGUCUGAGGCUGAACGAGCCGACACUUCCUGCUCUGCAGCGGAGGUCUCGUGUCCUUACGGAGCUGCAGAGUCGUCUCGCCGGACUCGUCCCUGACCUACGUCACGUACAAGACGAGAGUCCGAGCAGCGAGGUGCAGGACGUCUGGGAAGAGGCAACAAGAGCUGUAACCGAACGGCUGGAGCGGUGCUGUGUGCUCACCGAGCUGCUGAAGAGGUUUCAGAGCGUUCGUGGCGAGCUGCGUGGAACACUGCACAGAGCAGAGAGCACCAUCGGGGAACAGGCCUCCUACAUGGGGAAGGACAACCUGCACAGAUUACACUCCAAGGUUCAGGAAACCAAAUCUCAGCUGAGCAGCCUUGGGGGCGAGGUGGAGGAAGUCCGCAGCGUCUGCAGACAGAUUCACUUUCACCUCCGUCAGACGCCCGAGUGCAACGUCAUCCCGUUUGAGAGCGAAUCAGAUUCUCUCAUGGACGGCUGGCUGGAUAUAUCAGAAAGAACCGAUUCCCACCUGGAGAACUUGCACCUGUGCCUGACUCUGUGGGACGGAGUCCUCCAGCUCGGGGGGGAGGUGGACAAGUGGACGGCCGAUAAAUUAACAGCGUUCGCUCAGUGUCCGUCCUUUCAGUCCGAGGACGACAUCCAGACACUGCAGAACGAGAUCUGGGCCCAAGAGAAGAUCGUGGAGCGUUUCCAACGAAGAACCACCGAGAUCCAGACGCUGCUUCAAAGCACAGAACCCCCGCUGGAGCUGCAGGUGGUGGAGACCCAGAUGAGGAAGAAGCUGGAGCAGCUGAAGGAGCUUGUUUUUGAGGCAGAGGACGUGUACAGGCAGACGGUGGCUGCUAAGGGACACAUCAGUGCCAGGAUGUCCGACUGCUUCACGUCCCUGCAGAAGAUCCGGGACUCACUCCUCUCUCUCAGUGGAUCAGAUGUGGCAGGAGUGCUCACACAACUUAAAGAUCUGUGUCUGCAGCUCCAGACCCAGGAUGAGAAAGCAGAGAGUUUGCUGGAGGAUCUGAGUAUUUUGACCUCAGUCUCCAGUCCAGAUGUUCUUCAGAGUCUGUCUGCAGAGGUGAUGCAGCUGCAGGAGGAAGUGAGGAGCUCACAUCAGCUCUUCUCUGAGGUGGAAGAACAGACUCAGCGGAAUAUCCAGGAUCUCGACAGGCUGCAAAGGGAGAGCGAGCAUUUGGAGCAAUGGCUGCAAGUCGCUGAAAAAACAGCAGCGAAGGACGAGGAUGUUAGUGUCCAGCAAGAGGAAGCACUUCAACUAAGGGCGAGGACAGAGCUCCUCCGCCAGCUCGUGUCGUCCCUACAAAGCAGUAACCUUCAGCAGUCUGCGCUGGUGCACGCAGGAAGCAAACUGCUGGAGCGAUGCAACUUCCACGCCGACAGACUACAAGGCACCGAGGAGCAGCAGCGCUCGCCGAGCAGGGAGGAAGAAUCUGCACCAUCCUCGGCUGGAGAUCUGAGGAAACCUGUUGAUGCUCCACUCGGUGAAAGCUCCGGUUUCCAGUGUCCUGUAGAGCAGAGGCUUCAGUUUGCUCAAGAUGCAUGUUGCCGCCUGGAGGAGCGUCAGAGUGAUGAUGAACAUUUGGGCGCCUUUACUUUGAAAUCCCAGCCAAACAAGAUGUUGGCCGGUCAAGCCCAGAAAGGAAGCUCCGCUGCACUGGCCACUAAUGCACCAGCUCUGGAGGUGUCGCCACAGGAAGUAACAGACUUAGAAAAGGACAUUUUGCAACUUGAAAUGCUGAAGGACUCUGAAACAGAGACUUGUGCCGCCGAGGACCAAACCAGCUUGUCCCAGCAGGUCUUCGACCAGCAAAACCACAAGAGGGCACUAGACAGCAGCGCUGGAGAACAGCUGGCCCCACUCACAGGAAACAGCAGCAGGGUUCAACAAGUGAAGGAAGACGUCUCCUGCGUUCAGACAGCUUUGAAAGAGCUGUCUGGAAAUGUUGGAAAACUGUUUGUGAACCAUGACGUGUUCCCCGACCCGAGCCAGCUCCAGCAGCAGUGGAGCACUAUCCAGGACUUCGAUGACGGGCUUUCAUCGUGGGCUGCGAGAGUUCACGUGCUGCAGAAUAUCGGAGAGUCCAACAUGCUUCCUGCAGAUGUCAUUGUGACCAUCGAUGGAGCUGUUGAAGACCUUAACAGCCUCAGGUCCAUUUUCCUGCAGAAGAAGCAGGAGUGUGCAGAGCAGAUUGCUGUCCGGGUGAGAGAGGUCAUCAGGCAGCUGCAGCUCUGGAGCCAACUGGUGCGAGCUGAGCCGCCACCGCCCAGCCAGGUCGCUCUGGAUGAAGGUUUGCAGCUGCGGCGACAUCUCCUCGCCGUGCUCUCAGGCAAAGAUUUUCUCCUAAAUUGUUUUGGAACAAAAGUCUGGACGGAUCUGGAGAAAACUGCUUCAGCCGCUCUCAGGGAAAGCACAUGUGCACUUGAAGUCCCGUCUAAAAGCCUGUCUCAGAUGCACGGAGGAGCGGAGCCUGCGAGGACGGAGCCGGGUGACUCAGCUGAUCCGGGUGCAGCCGGGGAGGCGAUGGCUUCCCAGGAACACAGAUCCACCAUGCAGGAUAUAUUCUCUGAGAUACAGAGCUUGGUGGAAAGAAGUAACAUAAUAAAUAGGACACCACACAUUGAUUUGAACUGGUACCUGAAGUCCUCACCUGGGGAACCCGAGAUCCGACUGGUACGAACUGUCCAGCGAGUCCUGGCAUGUCGAUAUCAACCAGCUCAGCUCGAUGUCACGGCCAUGGCCAAGCAGCUGGAGGAGGCAGAGGAGCACAGGUCCUGUGUGCAGGAGCGAGUAGCUACGAUGAAAAACACGAGUGCCGCCAGGGAUUGGGACCCGAUUGCCUUGAAGAGAGCUGAAGGCCAGUGUAGCGCCGCCCUGCUGGAUGCCUCUGCCACAGUGCAGGUGAAGGCAGCGCAGCUGGAUCAGGUCAAACAGUAUCACAGACAGAUGAAGUUGAUGAGAGCUUUCCUAGAGGUUUUGGCUGAUGAGAAGGAGAAAAUGAGCUUGAAUGCUUUGGGAAGUAGCGCUGUCCAAGCUGACAAACUUAACGCCCUGCUGCAAACCAUGGAGCAGAAGAAAGACCUGAUGGAGGAGCUGCUCCACCUCAGCAGCCAGUUAUCGGUUCACCUGAGCGACGCUGAAAGUUCAGGUAGUCUUCUUGCCCAGCUUGCAAAUGUCCAAGAGGAAUGGAGUCUCCUAAAAGGAAGCAUCAAGCGAGCGCUGCGACACGCCACAAACGCCACCUCUCAAUCCCGCCUUCUUAUAAAAGAGGCCGAACAGCUGAAAGCCCAACUGGAAGAUCUUCAGAAAUCCAACUUUCAGAGCAAUGACAGCAAAAGCGCUUUGGAGGUAGUUUGCCUGACCACAGACCUAAAGUUGUAUAACCAGCUUUAUCUGCACUUACAGUCCCAGUCAGACGCUCUUGUCCAUUUCUCCCUGGGCCAGAAGGAGAAGGAUGAGAUCCAAAAUAAUCUUCAGGAGUUGGGGUCCUUGCUUGAUGUCACCAAGAGAAAGCUCGACAAUUCCACAUGUUGCAUUUCUUCAGGCAAGAUCAACAAACAAUUACAAGACUUGAUCAUAUGGGCCAAACAGGCGGAAAACCACAUCUCUACUGGGAAAAAGUUAGCUCUCUUCCCUGAGGAGGCUCGUAUUCAAAUCGUUGACAUGAGGAAAUUUCAGACCGAUAUUUUGUCCCGACGGUCCAAGAUGCAAGCUCAAGUUGAGGAUAUGAAAGUUGUUGCCUCUGAUAUGGAGAAGGAGGAAAGUGACCAAGUAUUGAAGACGAUAGAGGACCUCUAUGAAGCCAUUAGUGACAGCUUGGAUCAUGUCCUUGACACCAUGAAGAAGCAUCUACACAACAGGGAGAAGCUCUUAUCCCAGCUUGCUAGGAUGGAAGCCUGGCUAGCAGAAUCACACGCUGCGAGAGACGUCUGGAUCCAUGUGGAAAAUGUUUCCAAAGUUGACGUCCAGAUGCUGGAGACCGAGCUGGCAAGUCACAAAUUAGCCACUGAGGAGAUCCAGAUCCGCAUCAAACUGGUGGAGGCAAUGGCGGAGAGUUGCGAGGACAUCGCGGCAGGAUUGAAUCCAGAAGAGAGCCGCUACCUUGUCAACAGACUGUCCGGCCUUUGGACAGAGUUGGACGGACUGCUAGCUCACGAGAAAGCCACCAGCUGGGAACUAGAGGAGCUGAUUCAUGAGCGAACCUCCUCCGAUGAGGAAUUAUCGACCAUCCAGACAAGCUUGAAGCAGAUCUCCUCUGAUUUGGAGCAGCAGAAGUUCCCUUUGACGUUGGAAACCCUUUCAACCGAUGCACGUUUGAUGCACAUGCUAAUGGAGAACCAGUGUCAAGUCCAGGAGCUUCAGCACUGCCAAGAGGCCAAGAGAAGUGCCCUGCUGUACACCAUUGGAGAACUUUUAGACAGGUGCAAAACUCUUUGUCGUAAUACCUUUGAGCAAGACAAAUUUCUGCACCUGAGGAGACAAAUGGAGGAAUCUAGGGACAUUGCUGAAGAGCAAAUCUUGCGUGCCAAAGACAAAUCGCUCAGUAUGGGUGAGCGGUUCAGACUUUACCAAAUACUCCUCGUUGAACUUCCUCUGGUGAAGACACAGUGUCAAGAAGCAGGGGACCAGCUGGAGGCCAUAGUUCAAGAGUUGCACCCAACUGAGCUUAAUUCAGAGAAGCAGAGGAUCCAUCACACUGUGGAAACUUUGGUCUCCUGGGAGCUUUCUGUCACAGAUGAUAUUAAACACCUAGAGGCCAAGCUUCUGCCAGGUCUGCGCUUUUCCUCUGAACUUCCUGCCUUGAUUGAGCUUUUCCAAAGGACAAGAGAGGAGUUGGAGGGAGCUGAGCCGGUCAGUCCAGAUGAGAAAGCAAUAGAUGGCGCACUUCGAAGACACUGGGUCAUUUGGAGAAAUCUGAAGUCUGGGAUGAGAGUGUUAGAAGCUCUGGGACGGAGACACAAAAUUAACCUGAGGAACAACAAGGAGCUUCACUCUCUCAGAGAUGCAGCUAUGCAAGAGUGUCACAUAGGAAUGGAGAGUUUAUCCCAGGCUCGAGAGUCCUUAAAGGAUUACCAGUGGGCCGCUCAGGGUGCAAUAGCCUUUCUUCAUAAUGCCGAGGCCACGUUCUUGUCAGCUCCUGGUGGGUUUUUGGACUGCACCGAGGAGCAGAGACAAACCCGGCAGGCUCUGGAAGCUCUGGAAGAUGGAUUCCAGGCUCACAUCUGCCACCUUGUGGAGCUGCUCCCCCAGCAGCCCUGCCUCUCCCACCCAGAAGUGGAGCAGCUCCACAUCAGCCUCCUCAGCCAGUUGUCGGUGGGAAGAGCUGUACUGGAGGCCCAGGCCCAGCUCAGGCUGGAGUCCCUGCAGAGGUGCGCAGUAAGACAACAAAGUCACGCGAGCUGUCAUGAAGACAUACGUCAGCAUCUCUCCGGGUUUGAAGCCAGACUUUCAGCCUGUGCUACAGUACAAGUGACAUCAAAUGACAAAUGUGUUUCCCAACGGAAUAAAGCUACGCUUCUGUUGGAGGAUCUCCGCAGCCUCGCUGGGAAGAUAGAAGAGCUGAGGGCUGGGUGUCCGAUGCAGGGUUGUGGCGUUGGUAAGGACGGCGAGCUGGGAGCCCUGUGGCGGCGCUGGGUCGCACUCCGGCGCGGUGUUGGCCUCCUGAUGGCGCAUGCAGAACAAAGACAAGAGGAAUGGAAGGACAUCACAACAAGUAUACAGCAGUGUUGCAGUUCUUUGGCGAGUCUUCAGGCCGAGGUGCCUGACUCCACUGUGAGCUUCACACAAGAGAAACCCCAGGAGCUCCUUGCCCUGGCUGAGAUACACCAGGCCGGUCUGGAGCAGGAACAGCAGGCCCUAGCCUCCCUGGAGCACCGACUGGAGCACGCCCUGAGCCUAUCCAACUCCCAGGAACCCGUCAGUCCUGGACCUGUGGGCAAAACACUGGUGAAGAUCCAAGAGAACGUCAGGAGCUUGAAAGAGAGAAACCUGCUGGUGGUAGCUGCAGCCCAGGCAGAGGAGAAAGAGAGAGAGCACGUUGAGGACGAGAUCGAAGAGGUGGAGAAACACGUGUUCGCCAUUCUACCCAAACUGGAAGGCUGCUCGAAUCCAAACCAGCAACAGGAGCUCACUGAGGAUUUGUCCACGCAGAAGGACAAACUGAGGAGGAUCACGGACGGUUUGCAGAGCUGGUACACAGAGAUUCCUUCUGACAUCAGCAAACGCUUACAAGACGUUGAGCUGUCGCUGCAGAGAGCAGAGGAGGAGCUCAUGGAGGGAAGCAACCCGGUCAGGAAGUUAGCCGGACAAGUGGCGGAGCUGGGUUCUGCCCUCGAGAAGGUGAAAGUGCUACUGGAGCAGAAGAGUCCGACAGUCAGCGAAGCUCAGAAUGUUCUCAAGCAUGUGUGGGACGAGCUGGACGCGUGGCACAGCCGUCUGAUGCUCCUGGAGAGCGAGGUGCAGGAUCUGGCGGAGGAGCAGCCGCAUCGAGCUCACCUCCUGAUGGACCACAUCACACAACCUCUGCAGCUCUACCAGAAUGCCUCUCAGAUGGCCGAGAACCGCACCUCCUUCCUUAGCAAGAUCCCUGCCUGUCUUCAGGAGUUUGAGGACAUUUCGUACAGCGCCACCUGCUGGUUAGACGAGGCCCAGUCGUGGCUCAGCGCUCCCUGCUCGUUCACCUCAGCCAGAAGCCUCCAGAACCAUGCAAACUCCCUGCAGCUGGUGCUGGACGACUCUGAGAGGAUCAGGGACACGCUGCAGGACUUCAGGCCGGCGCUGGCUGAGAUCUCUGGCGUGUGUGACGUCCACACGCAGGAGGAGCGGCUGAACCACAACGACCAGCGAGUCCACACAAUGCAACGCAACCUCCUCCAGCCGCUGGAGCAGCUCCUGCAGACGGCUGGGGUGGUGGAAGCGAUGGAAGCUGAGCUCAAGACGAUGGAGAAGAAUGUCCCGAAGAUCAGAACCAUUUUGUCCUCCAUGGACGACCCCGACAUAUCUUUAACGGAGCAUCUUCACAACCGACAGGUGAUCCAGGCCAAUGUGCAGUCGAUCCGGAGAACACUGGAGGAGAUCCAGAGGUAUAAAGGAAAGCUUCUCCUUCCACAGGGAGCGGAGGAGAGUCUGCUGGUCUUCUCCAGAGCCCGACUCCUCCUGCAGCCGCUGGAGGAGCUGGAGCAACUCACCCAGUAUCAAACCUCCCUGCUGAAGAACAAGAUCCGGGAGGAGGAAGCAACCAGAAAAGAUCUCGGCAUCACCACACUCUCCAAAAUUCCUGAAGAGACACAGCAGCUUGUCCAGAACAAAUAUCAUCAGAAAGUUAAUUUCUUUCAGGAGCCUUGUGACGUGUCUAACUCAGAGGAAGAGGAGGAUGAGGAUGACGAGAGCUGUCACUCUUCGUCCUCUGACACACUAACAUGCAGUGUUCCAGAGGAACUGGGGAGUUUGGCUCCUCAGUUUUCUUCUCAAGUGGAGACGACUUCAGAAGCUGAUGAAUCUGAGCCUUUAUCUGUGACGCCUGGAUGUGAUACCAUCGACUUUGCAGCUAAAAAUCUUGUAACCGGAUUAACAACCAUGGAUUCUGAAGCUGAUUCGUCCCAUCUGGACACUUUGACUUCUGAAGACCAGUGCACUGCUGCUGAUACACUGGAACAACGUGAAUCCUCAAAACAUGAAACCACCGAGCCUCAUGCAAAGUCGCCUCCGGCCGAAGACACGAGAACGAUUCCGACAAGACCCGUAACUCCCUUCACGGCCACGAGAGAAUCGCCCGAGUUCACAGAGGAGGAAGAAGAAGAUCCGACUUUGUCUACAGAUGAUAACGCUCUUCAUCAUUUGAAGGAACAAAGUGAAGUUGGGGCCAGUCUGAACGGUUUGGAAGAAUCCCAACAAGCCCAUGACUCAUCUAAUGUGCCACUCAGCUCUGAAGGACAUGAAGAAGAUGAGACGGAGCAGCAAAGAUGGAGUCGACUUCACACUGAGAUCUCUGAAAAACUGUCCGCUUUGAGAAGACUUCAGGAGGAACAUCGCACCUUGAAGCGCUCUGAAGACGAGACGGUUCCAGAGAUGAAGCUGAUAUCAACCGGAUCUGCUCCUGCUGUUCUCCAGCGGACACAGGAGUCCAUCGUCAGCCUGAGACAAAUAGUGAGGUCUGCAGACGUCUCUCAGCCAGAUGUGAAGGAGCAGACGCACGAGGCUCUGCGGAGGGUCCUCCUCUGUCUGGACGCCUGCACCGACCCUCUGUUGACUUCAGGUGGCGCUGGUGAGGAGGAGCCCCAGCUGAGGAUGCUGCAGCAGGAGUGUGUUUCCUCCGAGCUGCUGACCAUGGCCGAGCUGUUGAGACAAAUGGAAUCAGAGACUAGUCCGGCGCUGUGGAAGGAGGAACCAGAGGCUUCCCAGUGUGUGAGCUGCCUUCAGGAGUGUCUCAGCACUGUCCAGCUGUUCCUCACCUCAUCCCACCAUCAGCUCCCUGAACAUCUGGGCCUCAAAAACCAACUUCAGCAGUGUGUCCUGGGCAGACAUCUGAGGCCGAGUCCAGGGGAAAGAGCCAAGCUUCAGCCAGCAUCCCGGGCCUUGCUUCAGGGGAUAACUCACCUCCUGGAACUGGGCGAAGGAUGCAUAAAAGAGAAGCAGAUGAGCCAGGUUCACAACCGCGGCCAACUUCAAGCUAUUCUCUGCAGACACAAGAAACUCCUGCAGGUCCUCGGGUCUCAGUUGGCGUUUGUUCAGCAUCUAUUCCGGUGUGAGCCACAAGUGCUGGGGUGUCAGGAGGCGGGGGGGCUGCAGCUGCACGUCAGGGGCAAAGCUUUGCAGCAACAGGCUCUGAGACGGGAGGAAGCUUCUCUGAAGAUGCUGCAGGAGUGGAGCCUCUGGGAGGAGAACUGUGGUCGACUGGGCCGGGUGCUGGAUGAGUCUGAGGCCUUCAUCAGCAGCGGGGAACCAGAGGGAGAAGAGGAGGAGGAGGAGGAGGGGGAGGAGUCUGUCGUGCAGCACAGACUCGAAGCCUGCCAGCAAACCCUGGUGCAGUUGGAGGAGAGCAGAGCGGCUCUCGGGAUCCUCCUGGAUCAGAGCGAGCUGCUGCAGGAGGUCGGCCUGACAGGAGGAGCUCUGGAGCUGCGGUGGAGGAGAGCGCUCCGGAGGACGCAGCAGGAGAUCCAACGCUGCAGAGACAUCCAGGUCGUCAGGUCCAGAUUCCACACAGACUUCACCUCGGUCAGUAAUUGGCUCGUCGGCGCCAAGAAACGGUCGAAGUCGUGGUCAGAGCAGGCGGAGACGUCCGACCUGAAGCAGGAGCGAGUCCGCCGCGGCCUCAUCGAGCUGCUGGACUUCUCCAUGGAGGUGGAGGCCGCGUCGGUGCGGAGGACGUCUGUCUCCAGGGACGCCACUCGCCUGCUCCACCUGAGCGAGGCCGACUGUCCCGGGCUGAGAGCUCAGAUCGCUCAGCUGGAGUUGAACUGGAGCCAGCUCACCUCCGAUCUGUGCAGGAGUCAAGAGCAGCUGCAGCAGCGGCUGCUGGCUGCAUGGCCGCCUCUGGAGCUGCUCUCCGACCUGGAGUCGUGGCUGAAGACGAAGGCGGCGCCGAAUCAAGAGAAUGAAAAAGAUCUAAAGGUCAAAGAUGCUCCUCAGAUCGCUGAAGUCCUGCAGCACCGUCGGUUGAAGUCGGGUGUUGUCGCUGGGCAGCUCGUCCUGGAUUUCCUGAGCCAGUCCCGGCCUCAGGCAGUGGGAGCGUACGUCCAGUCUCUCCAGUCCGAACGCACCAUGUUUGCAGAGAAGCUCGGUGCCCUCAGACUCCAGUGGCUGCUCCUCCAGGGAGAUCUGCAGAGCCAGAUUCAUGGAGCCGAACAGAUGCAUCACACCUGUGCGGUCAGAGAGAGACAGCUGCAGCAUCUCCAUCGAUGGAUAACGCAAAAGAAAAAGCAGCUGAGUCAGUGGGAGCAGCCGACAAGUCAGACUCUGGCUCGUAGGGCUCUGGGAGAGUGGGAGGCUGUCGCGGGCAGAGUGAAGGAGAAGGCCGCAGCUCUGCAGGAGUUGAAAACCAAACGAGUGGAUGCUGAUGAAGAAGAGAAGCAUCCUUGUGAUGUCGCUUUCUCGGAGCAGGCGGAGAGCGUCAGUCGAGCCUGUGAGGAUCUACGUCAACAGAUGGAGGCUCUGGGACCAGCUCUUCAGCUCACCCUGGAUCAGUGGAGUCGAUUCCACAGAGAUCUGCAGGAGGCGACUCUUCACGCCGGCGAGCUGCGUGUUGCUCUGCAGCUUCAGCAGCGAGCUCCUCUGUUCUCGCUCACGCAGGCGGACGAACACGUGGACGUCCUGCAGGGACUCCAAGGGAAGGUGGAAACAGGAGAAGAGCUUUGGGCAGCCGUGGAAAUAUCCUUCCAGGGUCUCGUGAAGAAUCUUCAUUGUGGAGCGGCACAAGCGUUAGGCGACCAAGUGGAAGGAGAGAAGAAACGGUGGGAGAACAUCAUCCAGGAGCUCAAGGACGAGCGGGUGAAGACUGGCGAGACCGUUUCCUUGUGGCAGGAGUACCGAUGUCUCUCUGGUGACUCCUCCCUUCACAUGCAACACCUGAGGCGUCAGUGGGAGGAGCUGUUGACGUCCUCGCCGUCACCUGAAGCCGCGGUUCAGUCAGUGGAGAAGAUGGAGGACGUAUCUGAGAAUUUGCAAAGAAGCGCAAACAAUGUGCUGGACGCUUCUAAGCCUCUUAUUGGACGGCUUGAUCCCCUGGCUGCAAAUUUGAUCCAAUCAGAGACCCGGCUCCUGUCAUGUGACGUCCUGCUGCUGAGCCACGCAACGUCGGGGAAAAGGAAAAGUCUCCAGGAGGAUUUGAAAGAACAGAAACAAUUUCAUACUUGUUUGAAGACACUUGAAAAACAGAGUCAGAGCAUAAAAGAUAAAGUGAAUGCCGGUUUAAAGGACAAGGACUCAGUGGAGCAGCUUCUCUCUGAGCUCGGUGAUCUGUUUCCAUCGCUGGUUGACGUCAGGGAGAUGAGUCAGCGCUGGACCCUUAACAACCAGGACUCGGCCCGACUGCACGUGCUCAGCAGGGAGUGGAUCCACAGCACGACUCGCACGGCUCACAGGAACAGAGAGCUGCAGGCGGAGCGUCAGAGCUCCCAGACGUUUCAGGAGAAGCUGGACAACCUGACACAUUUAAAGGAGAAACUCGUUGAGGGAUCGAUGUCCAGAAAACUGGAAAGUCUCUCCGGCCUCCAGGAGAUGCUGACUGUUCAUCAGAGGCUUCAGGCUGAGAUAAUCACUGGAAACCAGCUCCUGCAGGAUCUCCUCUGCCACGCGGUCCAGUCCAUGGAGAAGGAAACGGGAGAGAAAAGAUCUGAGCUCAUGGCCCAGGUGACCGGGUUGAAGGAGAGCUGGUUCAGUGCCGUCGCUCUGGUCGUCCAACGCCGGGGUUUGGUGAGAGAGCAGCUCGGACUUCGGAGCGUCUACCGCCUCGGACUGAAACUCCUGUCCAAGCUGACGGUGGACGUGGACCCUCUGCUGCCCCCUACUGGCGCCGCUCUCUCCACACUGCAGCAACUACGGACCUGUGACGAUUGCCAGUGUGUGGAGGAGGCUUUGGAUCUGCACUCUGCCGUGUACGACCAGACGCUGGAGGCCGGCAGGCGUCUGUGUGAAACCCUGACAGAGUCCGAGGGUCGGAGUCAACUUGAGUCCGAGCUCCGGGACGUCGAAGAGACGUGGAAACGAACCACCUCGCUGCAGGAGAGGAAACGGCACCUGCUCAAUACGACUGCUCAGAAGUGGUCUCAGUGUCAGGACGGAAUCAGCAGCAUCAUGUCGGAGCUGGAGGAGGUGAAGACCAGGAUGAAGCAGCAGCUGCCUGAGACACCAGAGGACUCUGAGAAGGAGAAGCUCAUCCAGGAGACAGAGCUCUCUCUGCAGCGUUUGACCAGUGGAUUGAGGGAACUGGGAACCAUGAAGACAGACCUGUCCCAGUACAUCACGGCCGGUGACUCCACUCUGCUGGAGCAGCAGCUGGAGCAACUCCACGGUCAAUGGGAAGAGCUUUGUAUGAAGGUUUCGUUGCACAAGCAAGAGAUCGCCGACCGGCUGAACGCCUGGACCAUCUUCAACGACAAGAACAAGGAGUUCUGCGACUGGCUGACGCAGAUGGAGAACAAGGUUUGCCACAACAGCGACCUGAGCAUCGAGGAGAUGGUGGAGAAGCUGAAGAAGGACUGCAUGGAGGAGAUCAACCUGUUCAGUGAGAAUAAGAGCCACCUGAAGCAGCUGGGGGAGCAGCUGCUGUUAGCCAGCGACCAGGCCAAGCAGAGCCAGGUGCACGGCUCGCUGCAGGAAGUCAGCCAGCGCUGGCACAACCUCUUCCACCACAUCGAGGCCAGGGUGAAGAAGCUGAGGGAGACGCUGGUGACGGUGCAGCAGCUGGACAAGAACAUGAGUAACCUGCGCUCCUGGUUGACGAGAAUCGAGGCCGAACUCUCCCGACCAAUCACGUACAGCGUGUGUCAGCAUCAGGAGAUCCAGAGGAGGCUGGCCGAGCAGCAGGAGCUGCAGAGGGACAUCGAGCAGCACACGGAGGGCGUGGCGUCGGUGCUCAGCCUGUGUGACGUGCUGCUGCGGGACGAGGACGCCGCCGGCGCCACCGAGGCCGAGAGCGACUCGCUGCAGGAGACCAGCCGCAGCCUGGACCAGCGCUGGAGGACCAUCUGUGCCCUGGCUCUGGACAGGAGGCUCAGGAUCGAGGAGACCUGGAGGCUUUGGUGCAAGUUCCUCGACGACUACUCUCGCUUUGAGGAUUGGCUGAAGACGGCCGAGCACACGGCCGCCAGCCCCAACUCGGCAGGCGUCCUCUACACCGUCGCCAAGGAGGAGCUCAAGAAGUUCGAGGGUUUCCAGAGGCAGGUUCACGAGCGACUCACUCAACUGGAAAUCGUCAACAACCAGUACCGGCGUCUGGCCCGGGAGAACCGCACGGACCGGGCCAGCCAGCUCAAGGUCAUGGUCCACGAGGGAAACCGGCGCUGGGACACGCUGUACCGCCGAGUGGCCGGCGUCCUGCGCAGGCUCAAGCACUUCACCAGCCAGCGGGAGGACUUCGAGGGCACCAGGGAGAGCAUGCUGGUGUGGCUGACCGAGCUGGACCUGCAGCUCACCAACGUGGAACACUUCUCAGAGAGCGACGUCCAUCACAAGAUACAGCAGCUCAAUAGUUUCCAGAAGGAGAUCACGCUGAACACUGAGCGCAUCGACGGGCUGAUCGUGUUUGGAGAGGGUCUGAUCCAGAAGAGCACGCCACAGGACGCGGCGCUGAUCGAGGACGAGCUGGAGGAGCUGCACGCGUACUGCCAGGAGGUUUUCAGCAGACUGGUCCGCUUCCACCAGCGCCUCAGCCAGCCCCCGAUAAUCAGAGAAGAGCCUGAACUCUCUGGCAGCACCUUCUACUUGGAGUCCAGCUUGGAGCUGAUUGGUCGGCCGUGGCUCGGACGCGGCCUCGGGAGCCUCCCGGCCACGCCCACCCACCUCCUGGCCUCCGGGCUGGAGCGUUCGGGGCGCGAGACGCCGGUGAGCGUGGACUCCCUCCCUCUGGAGUGGGACCACACCGGGGACGUGGGGGGGUCGUCGUCCCAUGAGGAUGACGAGGAGGAGGAUGAAGAGGAGGAACACGAGGAGGAGGGAGUUUACUUCAGCGCUCUGUCAGUUCCCAGCAGGUCUAUGGUCGUACACCAGUCUCCAGUCUGGGGAACACGAGCAGACACAGAAACACAGACUCUCCUGCUGCACUCGGACACGGAGGCUGCAACCCCCCUCACCAGCACGCCUGUAAAGCGUGGCUUUCUCGGCCUCAUGUCUCAGUGCAGCGGCAGCAUCGAGGACAUCAAGAGGGUCUCGCUGCUCCUGGAGGACGAGGAGCAGCCGGAGGAGCUCGGCCUGACGGGACUGACCGCCUCCGACAAACAGUCAGGUGUGAUCGAGCGCUGGGAGCUGCUCCAGGCUCGGUCCAGGGGCGAUCUGCAGGCCGGCCCUCAGGAGCCUCAACAUCUCACGUCUGACCUCGACGACCUCACUUCCUGGUUAGACAACACCAUCCCCGAGCUGGACCGCCUGCAGCUCUCCAAGUCGGCGGCGAGCAUCACCGACAUGGAAACCAGCGCCAGAGAACUGAAGGAGAUGCAGCGGAUGUUCGCUCACUACAAGUCCAUCAUGCUCUCUGUGAACCUGCGAGCUCACGAAGCUCCAGAGCUUCAGCCGAGGCUGGUGGAGAUGAACAGAGACUGGAGCCGAGUGAGCACGGCUCUGCAGCAGUGGGACAGCGGACUGAAGGAGACUCUGAUGCGCUGCCAGGAGUUCCAUGAAACCCUCCACUCCAUGUUGCUGUGGCUGGCCCACGCUGAGAGCAGACGCUACACGGUGGACAUCAGCGACCCGGAGACAUCCGUCCGGGCGCUGAGACAACACCGCUGCACGCUCACGGAUCUGCAGGAGGAGCUGCAGGACCGGAGGAGCCAGCAGGCCUCUCUCCAGACUCUGUGGUCUCAGCUGCAGCCCGAGGCCGGCGGCGUGGAGAGCGACGAGGCCCAGGAGAAGCUGCACGUCACGGGCAGCAAGCUGAAGCUGCUCCUCAGGGACGUGGACCAGGAUCUGAGCGUCUUACAGCAGCGACUGGUAAAAGUCCAGGAUACUCAGGCCCCUCCCCCUUAAAGCUCCUCCCCUCAGAGGAGGGAGUCGGCGUCUCCUCCUGGCUCCUCCUUCUUCUACCGGGUGCUCCGCGCCGCCUUCCCGCUCCACGUGCUCCUGCUGCUGCUCCUGCUGCUGCCCUGCCUGAUCCCGCUCACCGAGGGCGACUCCAGCUGCAGCGUCACCAACAACUUCGCCCGCUCCUUCUACCCCAUGCUGCACUACACCAACGGGCCCCCCCCCACCUGA